AAUCCGGCUCGGAGGCGCAGUCGGACUGUCAGCUGGGAUCAUUCGGUCGGCAGAGGCAAUGGCAUAUCUACAAAAUCUUUGUCAGAUAAAAGUCCUCAACCUUCGCAGGUACCACCCACGUCGCCCGGUUUACGCGAUCCAUCGGGUGUUGAGUUUUUCGACGACAACAUGAGCAUCAGCAGAGGACACUCCAUCGAAAAAGUCCGCUUCUCGGCCAGCCGAACGCACUCGGAUGAGAACGACGAAGAUUACUCGGCCAGUGUCAAUGCCAUACUUCAUAAACGGCUCAAUUCCCGUAAAGGUAAGCACCCUAGACAAAGGAGAUCAUCUUCUCCAGUGUCGUCAAUGUUGCCCGAUGACGCUAGUCUGCUGUCAGAUCGUCGAAGGUCAUCUGCUUUUACCACCAGCUCGGGAGAUACGGCGAUCAUUAUCGAAGACGCGGGUAUUUCCCAAGAACAAAUAUUCGAGAACAUCCGGCUACACAAAGAAGUGUUGAGUAGUGUUCGACAACAGCCAUGGUCGAUUCGGCGGAAAAUGAAAUUGGUCCAGCAGGCCAAGGAGUACGUGAAGAAACACGAGGGUCAGCUACAAGAACGUUUGGCCAUGAGCAAAAGCACGAGAGACAUGUUGGCUAGGUUUCAUAUACUCGUCGUCAAACAAUGGCAGCACAGCAAACGGGAGAUGUCCAAUUUCGUAAGUCAGCUGAUUCCUUGGGAGUUGACAAUCAAGGAGAUCGAAUCGCAGUUCGGCACAGUGGUCGCGUCAUACUUCACGUUCCUUCGAUGGCUGUUCUGGGUGAACUUCGUCAUAUCCGUACUGUUGGCUGCCUUUGUAGUCAUGCCCGAAGUGUUGAUGACAAGCAAAACGGAUACGGGCGAUCGGAAGACGCUCUUGCCCCAGGAGGAAGCCACGUCCAUGGCUCUGAUGACCCUGCUCAAUUUCGAAGGGGUGUUACAGCACUCGCCCAUGUUUUAUGGGUACUAUUCGAACCGUCAGAGUUCGGACACAGGUUAUAGACUGCCUACUGCCUAUUUCAUUGUCGGUCUUGUCGUCUAUAUCUACAGCUUCGUGGCCACUCUAAGGAAAAUGGCAGCCAACUCCAGGCUGAGCAAACUGUCCGAGAAAGACGACGAGUGCAUUUUCACGUGGAAGCUGUUUACCGGGUGGGACUACAUGAUCGGUAACGAGGAGACUGCGCACAACCGAAUAUCGUCCAUCAUUCUGGGCUUUAAGGAAGCGCUACUCGAGGAGGCCGAACGGAUGAAAGACAACCAAAAUUGGAAGGUGGUGGUGUUAAGAAUAUUCGCCAACCUUAACAUGAUAUGGAUGCUGGGCAGUUCGGUGUACGCCGUCAUAUUGGUGGUAGAAAGGUCUACGGAACCAGAGGCUGAGUCUACUUUAUGGAGGAAAAACGAAAUCACCGUCGUCAUGACGCUCAUAGGCACGUUCUUUCCGAUCGCCUUCGAAGGCUUGGGCGUGCUUGAAAGUUAUCACCCGAGAACCACACUCCGCGUACAGUUGGCCAGGAUAAUGGCGUUGAAUUUAUUAAAUUUGUAUACGCUGACGUUCGCCUUGUUUGUAAAAAUCAACGACAUGACAAACGAUCUGUUAAAACUAAAACCGAACAUAACAGACGUGAUGACCGCUACGUCUCUGCCGAAAAUGCCCAAGCCAUCGAUGCUACUGUCUAUGGCGCUGCUGAGUCCUACGACUACCACUUUUGCUCCAAUCGCGGGUCUGUCCAACCACAAUGCCGUUGCUUGUCAUCGGAUAAUCAUCGAAUGUCCAUUUUCCAUACCUGCGAUGACUCAUAAUCACACUCAAGCCACGCUCAAACCCACCAAGAUCGACUUGACAACAGCAACUACAACCACAUCGAUCGCCACUGCCUUGACCAACAAGCAAAUGACCGAUGGAACGCCAGUCCAUUUUGCCUACACUACAUCAGCACAGUCAACCGACAAUAAUUCUAGUCGAUGGGCGACCGAUUGGUUGGCCAACUUGACUGUCGAGUCGACCACCGAGCAGCAAAUUUACGAAAACGUGGACGAUUUGCAGAUAACCGUCGAUGCGUAUCCUUCCACUUGGUCGAAAGACACGGGCGAGAGUGGCGGAUCUACGAUGGAAUGGGCCUCAUCGGAUCACACGGAAUUGAGUUCGACCUCAGAGAGUACCACUUCAGUGGAGUUCACCUCUUCGGAAGCGACGACAGACUAUUUAACGUCCGACUGGGACGCGACCGACGAACCGGAUUGGCCUGCAGUAGAUCCAUAUGCCCAAUCGUAUGACGAUUUAGACAAUGACACCGAAGAAACUGCAACGCCGAACGAUAGGAGGAAGCGUUCGGCCGAAACCGUGUUCAAUGGCACCCAUUGUUAUCGAGAAGUUUGCCAAGCGCGGCCACUGCAUUUAAACUCAUCCGAGCCGCCAACGACCUACCAAGGUGGCGACAAGAUGUCAAAUGAUACAAUUUUUUCAACAACUAUUGACCACGAAGAUGCACCUCGAGAAGACCUAUCUUUACAAGCCGAGUGCUUAGAUCUACCGACUAGACACAAGUUACGAAAACUAUGUUGGGAAACUAUGUUCGGACAAGAGCUUGUGAAACUAACCGUUAUGGAUUUAGUAUCCACGAUAAUUUCCACGAUAUUUGUAGACUUUGCGCGAGCGGUGUUCGUUCGAUACAUGAACCGGUGCUGGUGCUGGAACCUGGAGAAAAGUUUACCGCAGUACGGCGACUUUAAGAUAGCCGAGAACAUCUUGCACCUGGUCAACAACCAAGGUAUGGUGUGGAUGGGUAUGUUCUUCUCGCCCGGCCUACCCAUCAUUAACGUGUUCAAGUUGAUGAUCAUGAUGUAUGUCCGAUCCUGGGCGGUACUCACUUGCAACGUACCCCACGAUGUGGUGUUCCGAGCCAGCCGCAGCAACAAUUUUUACUUAGGCCUGUUGCUGACCAUGCUGUUCUUGUGUGUGCUGCCGGUCGGCUAUGCUAUAGUGUGGAUCGAGCCGUCGUGGCAUUGCGGUCCCUUCUCGCAGUAUAAGAAGAUCUAUCACAUAUUCACCAACUCCAUUAAGAAGGCCGUUCCCAAUCCCAUGGUGCAUCGCGUGCUCGACUAUAUUGCGUCGCCCGCCAUGAUCAUUCCUUUGCUGUUGUUAUUGAUUCUGAUAAUAUACUAUUUAGCUUCGUUGACUUCGUCAUUGAGGGAAGCCAAUAACGACUUAAAGAUCCAGUUGAGACGAGAACGGACGGAAGAGAGACGAAAAAUGUUCCAACUGGUUACCAACAAGAAGCUAGGCGAUAACGAUUACAACAGCAUGGACACGGCAUUGGCAAAAUGGAGACAAAUCAUACCCGAAAAUAAACUUUCCGGAACGAGAGGAACAAAGGAUCGUGAGGAAAAAGCUCGAACCGAAAAGGAUAUUAUGGACAUGGUUCUCGAUAAGCUGGUGCGGGUGGAACGGCCGGGCGUCCGGGAGUUGGGCGAAAAGGAUGACGAAAACGGCCACCAUCGCCACCAUUACCACGGGCACCAUCAACCGCACCACGGUCAACACCAGCAUCACCGCGAAAGGCGACAGUCCAGGGACGAGGAGUCGAGAGACGCGGCUGUGUUUCGCAAGUGGAAGAAAUCCAAAGUCAAGUCUCACGUCAGGAGCGAGUCAGACUCUUCGGAUCAGUCGGAAUUAGUGCCAGAGAUCAGAGUGAAGACGGCAAGCACGGACGAGCUGUCGACUGCGGCCGAAAACGCCGUGCCGAGCACUUCCGGUCACGUGGCGAACGCUCUGAUAGUGCCGUCGACGCCGCCUCUACUGAACUCAUCGGGCAAAACCUCGCCCACCGCCUCCACGUUUUCGGGUACCGAUUUGAGCUCCUGUUCCGGCGGAAUGGCGGUGAUUUUGGACAAAUGGCACAAACCGGAUGCUUUUAAGGCAGUGGGUGACACUGUAACGAACACUCUUGUACCGGAAACUCCUGUUGGCGGAAGUGGCAGGGAACACUUACCCGCCAAGCAAAAAGCUAGGCUGAAAUUAGCACAGGUAUUGUACAAAGAAGCGCGGAGGAGGAGACAAAAACAUUUAGACGAAUUGGAAAAUCAACCACAAUAGAAAAUGUGAAGAAUUCAAAAAUGAAUAUCUAAUAAUAGUUAUUCAAGAAUAAAAAGUCGUAUGACAUUCCAUACUUCAGCCUAUUAACCUAACAUUCUUACCCAGUGGCAGCUAUACUAAAAACAUUGCACAAUGAAUCAUAUUUUUUUUUAAUACGAGAAACCCCCCUUACACACAACAGAACACAAAUGAGGUCGGUAUGCACAUACUACUUAUUUCGUCUAACUUAUAUAUUUAAUAUAUUACCUAUUUAAAAUAAAGUGUUUACUUAUCCAUCAUUCUUAUUAAAUUAACAUUUAACCAGAAGU